UACGGAGCUGACUUACAUCACCGUGUAAGCCAUUUCCUGUAGAAAACAGAGUUGUGCACAACCUUCCGGCGACAUGACCACCACUCCGGGGGACAAGUUCAGCUACAAGAUUGAACUGCACAUCCACCUAGACGGAGCCAUCCGAUCAGAGACCAUUUUAGAUAUUUCAAAAACUAAAGGACGACCUAUAAUAUCAGUUGAUGACGACGGACAAGAAACCGUUAUCACAGAUCAGGAAUCACUGGACAAAGAAAUAGUCAUCACAACGCCAUGUAGUCUGAAAUUAUUCUUACAUGCAUUCAAUGUCUUCAUGCCAAUCAUAGCCGGCGAUAGGGAUGCUGUGUUCAGAAUUGCGUACGAGUUUUGUGAAGACUGUGCCAAAUCUGGUAUACGAUAUGUCGAGGCCAGGUAUAAUCCCCAUCUGUUGGCUAAUACACUAGAUAAACCAGCAUACGCUAGGGAGCGUGGGGACUUUUCUCCGAGAGAUGUGGUAAUUACAGUAUGUGAUGCUCUUGAUAAGGGAAGUCGCGACUUCAACAUUACAGUCAACUCAAUAUUAUGCUGCAUGACUCACCAACCAGACUGGUCUGCUGAGAUCGUGUCAUUAUGUAAAGAAUUCAAGGACAGAGGAGUUGUGGCCAUAGACAGUGCUGGACAGGACUUCGAACCAGGCAAGGAUCCACUUCUCUGUGGACACAAAAAAGCCUUCAAGGAAGCUUACGACAAUGGCAUCCACAGAACUGUCCACGCGGGAGAAAAUGGGCCCUCCGAAGGGGUCAGGGAGGCUCUGGACCAUAUGUACGCCGAGAGGAUUGGCCACGGCUAUCACGUGACAGACGACCCAGAACUGUACAGUCGAUGUAAAGAAGACGGAGUUCAUUUUGAAAUCUGUCCAUUGUCCAGCAUCAUAACUGGUGCGUGCCCUGAGGAUAUUAUGAAACAUCCGCUCAUUAGAUUUGCCGAUGAGGGGGUAAAUUUCUCUCUCAAUACUGACGACCCAAUUAUUCUAAACAACGCGCUUGCGGAUGAUUAUGUACUAGCUAAUAAAAUGGGUCUGAGCGAUGAGCAAAUUAUAAACUCCAUAUUCAAUGCUGCGAGAGCUUCAUUUGCAACUGAGGAACAGAAGAAAAAAAUGUUACAAGAUUUAGUAAACGUCUAUGGUGAACAUUGAAUAUGAUAUCUAUGUUGAUUUCAGGUUUCUCAGUAUACGUUUAUAGUACAUGCUUAAAUCUCUUCAGUUAGUCCAAGUUAUUCUGACGUUCUAUCGAUUUGUUAUGUUGGUAUGCAGUCGAUGAACGUCAGAACUUCAUUUCUAUAUAAAGUAAGGGUAAUAUGCAACCCGCGCAUCGGUCGGCAUGUGAAAAUGGCGAUUUCUUUCCACAGUUAUCGUUUGAAUGUCGACCCAGGCAUGGGUUGCUUACUCCUCUCACUUUCUAUAGGGCCGGAGUUCUGACGUUCAUCGACUCCAGACCGAUAAAAAAGCUGAUAGAACGUCAGAUUAAAUCGAACUACUCUUCAGUAUGCAAAAAAAUUAAAUGCUUUUUUCGCGAUAAAUCUGUUGUACGACCGACUAUUGUAGGGGUCAUACGAAAUGUAUAUGUAUCAACACUGAGACGCUUCAAAGGUUGCUCUGAACAAAUCUGUGAUCUAAUUGAUAGGUUUAUGAACAUCUGAAAACAUUUUUAUAUACGCGUCAUAUUUCAUCCACGAGAUAUCUUGGUGACUGCGGGGCUGUUUACUACAAGCUGGUAGCUAAGAGUGUUGUACAUAAUACAUAAAAGUGUAAUUUCCAUCUAAAGACGAUUGAAAUUACCUCUCAGAUUGUCAUGAAAUAUUCUUAUUGCCGAAGGACACUAAAUUAACUCCAGUAUUGUAGGGUUGCAACCAUCAAUCAUAUUUAUAUUGUUAAUACUGUUCAGCAUUACAAAGGUUAAUUUCAAAAUGUUCGAACACUUUUAAAUAGAAGGAAAUUGACUGUUUACACACUCUUACAAAACCAUAUUGCAUGUUCUUAAUAAUAGAUAGGGUGGCCAAUAUCUAUAAAUGGGUACUUAAGUACAUUCACGUGUAUCCAUGGUCAAAGGUCAAAGAUAUAAACCAUUCAUUAUUUACAUAUUCUAUAAACGAUAUUUUUCAUUACUUUCGUUUUGUUAUUAGGUCUGUUCGCAUGUCGUGGUUGUUUUAUUCAUCUUUGUGUCCUGACCACUACAGCCCACCAAUGUUUUCAGUGCCUUUUUUAUACCGGUAAAGUGGUCAUAAUAAUGGUUUAUCCUUUGCGAAUUUGUGGUAACCUUGAGAAUUCAGUAAAGAUUUAGAUUUUGUGAUUUUCCAAGGACUCAGUGAAAAUUUAGGUUGGUAAUUCUCUCAGGACGGAAAUCCAAACGAUUUAAUUCUACAUUUUUUGAAAUCACAAUUCCAUCGUCAUAUCUUAAUUUCGUGGCUGUUGAAUCGGUUAACUGACAAAUAAUUGAUGAAUUAUCCAUAGAAAAUGGGUAGAAAAUAACUACAGCUUGUAUGAAUUAGGUUUGUUUAUGUGGAUUUUGAUGAAUCGAUUCAAACAAUAUCAUGUUUAAUGUUAAUUUACCUAAACAGAGUCUGGUGGAAAACAUAACAAACCGUUGUUAAUCUUUACAUAUACGACUUUAAUGGUUGUUUUGUGGUCGAGUGGAUUUGUAUGCUUAUCAGUAGAUGUGAUUGAAUAAUUGAAAAGCCUUUUUAAAAGUGUUAUGUUAUUAGCAUAUCUGGUUGUAUAUGACGGUGUCAAUUAUUGGCGUGUAUGUCUUCAAUUGGUCAUGAUUUCAAUACCUUAUUUUCUUCUAUCUUAUUUAGAAAAUUAAAUUUUGAUAAUUAUCAAUAAAAUAUAAACCAAAACAGUUAUUAGGUACUUUUGUGCUGCAUGCAAAUUAACACGAACAAACAGAAGAACCUCAAUUACGAAAUAACUGCAGCUUUGAUAAACCUUUGAUAAACGUUGAUAAACCUUUCUUGUUUAUUAUUGUCUUUUCUGUCAUUGCUUGUUAUAACAAUCCAUUAAAAGUGUUUCUGUUAUAA